GCCACAUCUCUCAUUCUCUACUGAAUGAACCCGAUUUAAAGGAAGACUGUAGGGUGCUAACAUGGGGUGAAGGUGAAGCUGUUUGGCUGAUCAACCUCAGCACGGCCAUGGGGAAAGUACACUUCUAUGCACUGUGGUCGUUACACGAAGCACCUCGUCAGUUUAUCAGCAACGUGAGCCGCAAAAGCUACCAGGUUCAAAUGCCGCUGCCUUUGCCGAAGCAGCUGGUGGUGUUCAGUCUGGGAGAAUGGACCUCAUUUUCUUGUAAGACAACAGUGUUAAUUGAGGUAUCAGUGAGCCCUGACGUGAAGCCGCAGAAGAUUGGGAUUCUCUCACCACAUUCAACGUGCCUGGUCUGGGAAGGUGACUGGACUCUCGACCUUUUAGCCGAAUCGGCAGAGAAAGGUAGAAGAGGUGUAUAUGCAAAAGUGGUGCUCACUGUUUGUGGAGAGGUGAGAGCCAGCUUUGUUAGCAGUACACCACGGGUGUCAAGAAAACGACUACCUUCAAGCCAGUCCUCCAGCUUCUGCCAGACCCUUCUAGGCGGCAGUAACAAUAACAAUAUCCCAUCUCAGAGGUCAUCACCUGAAGACACAGUUAGUUAUGCUGAGCUCCAAAUGAGCAAGGGGGAAAUGCAGAACAUAAGUCUUGGAGUGUGGGCUGUGGAUAAAACUCCAAGGCAGACAAUAAUAGGAAAGAGAGGACAUAUUUGGAGCUAUGAUGGACCUGAAACAUCCCUUAAGUUAAGCCAAGCUUCAAGCCCCAAGAAGCUCAGACUGAGCAUAGGAUCUGCAUUACAAAGUCAGGAGAGGGAAGUUGUCAAAAGAAGGAGCUGCAGAGCAGAGCAUCCAUCAAAGCGCUGGUGCCACACCAUGUGUUUAAGUGAUCCUGACACAGCUAUUCUUAUUGGUGGAGAGACUGUAGACCAAGCCCACUGUACAGACUCCAUAUGGAAGCUGGAGAUUGAUGGUGACUUUUGGCUGCCCAUGGAUUCCUCUGCAACAGGACCUCUCCCACCCAGUGCUCAAGGCCACUCUGCAGCCUUUGACCCCAAGAGUAAAGUUAUCUAUGUGUAUGGUGGCUUGAGAGAAGGUCAGCGAUAUAAUGAUAUUUACAUGCUGGACACCUUAACCUGGAAGUGGAAACUCAUCAAUGCAAAAGGAAAUGUGCCUUCAUUGGCAUACCACAGUGCCAUCAUCUAUAAGAGUGAGAUGUAUGUGUUUGGGGGCUUGCAGCCGAGUCGUAGUUCUGGAGGCAAAGCAUGCAGUAAUGCUUUGUACAUCUUCAACCCUGAACAUGAGUUGUGGUACCAGCCAAUCGUGGAGGGUGACCGUCCUCUUCCCAGGUUUGGGCACUCAACCACGCUGCUGCCCAACAAACUAGUCAUAUUUGGAGGCUUCAUGGAAUACACAGCAGUGAAGUACGAAAACAUGCCACCACUGGCCCGAGGGUUUCAUGCUGCCCUGCCCGUGUCUGACAACAGGGUGCUGAUCAGCGGAGGCUGCAGUGCUUUAGGAGCUCUACAGGAUCUCCAUCUGUUUAAUCUAGAUACUAACUCUUGGACGUCAGUGGUGUGUCCAUUGCUCUGCUCAAAACCCCGUGCUGGCCACAGUCUAAUCAGCCUGGGUGGCACUGCCUUUUCUGACAUUGAUGCAAGAGAUCAAGGAGCCCACCAUCGAACCGGUCCCUCCACGCAGUUCACCGUCUUAGUAUUUGGGGGUUCAGACGGUGAUGGAAUUUUCUACAAUGAUUCAAUCAAAUGUGCUACUGAAAUCCUUACUGAAGGGUAGCGAUUGGACACAAAAAGGCAUCCAUAUAAUUAAGAUAUAUAACUGACAGUGAGGGUCUCCCCUCAAGGGUUAUUUUGUAAGAACUGGAAAACACUUGAAUUUUUCUAAACUUCUGAGUGAAAAUACAUUUCACUUUAAUUUAUUCAUCUUGAGAUGAGACUUUUUUUUUUUUUUUUUUUUUUUUAAGUAUUUUAAAGCUGAUUUAUAGAUUUUAGAGAUUUAAACAGCUGUUUGGCAGCUAUAGCUUUGUAACUUCUCAUACUAACGUUAAGGAUUUACCAUUUUGAGCAGCAUUACCUGUUUAGCAACUUCUGAGAUUAAUAACAGGCUGGUUAUCAUUUUUGUGCAAUAAACAUUAUCAAUCCAUUUUACCUAUCAAAAGGCACGUUUAACAUUUUAAAACUCUUUUUCACUUCUUUGUUUAACUUAUCACAUUCACAGGUGUUUGUGUCAUUUUAAUGUGCAUCUCACUUUCAAAUAUAUUCUGUGGAAGUUGCAAAGAAGCUAAUGAAACCUCAGCAUUUUCACCAAUACAAUAAAUACAAUGAACAAAAGGAA